AUGUCCUUACCAUUUCUCACCUCUCCAUUUCUGCUCGGCGCCUCGGAGCAACUCCGAACAUGUUUGAGUGCAAUGAAUACGCCGACUAGCUCAUCCUCCCCACCAGCAUCAGCCUCAUUCUCAAUCGAAUCACUCCUCUCAACCCCUCGUCUUCCCUUCUCAUUCACCGGUCUUCCCGCACUUCCACUCGAAUUCUUUCAUCCAGCUUGGCCCUCAACAGCUGCGUAUCCGUUUCUACAAUCUCCUCUUCUCCAUCCUGGCCUUUUGCCUCCGUUUUUGCCGACGUUUUUAAGUGGAAAACGAAAGCGAAGACAUCGCACGAUUUUCAGUGAAGAACAAUUGCAGAUUCUUGAGAACACUUUCACUACCACUCAUUAUCCGGAUGUUGCUUUGAGAGAGAAAUUGGCGCUGCAGUGUGAUCUAAAAGAGGAACGAGUUGAGGUUUGGUUCAAGAAUCGACGAGCGAAGGAGCGAAAACAGAAACGGGAAAUUGGAGCUGGGAAAAAUGACUCAAAGAUCGCCGCCUCGGACGAAAGCGAUUUGGAUGUCUCAGCCGACGAAGACGAGUCGAAAGCAAAAAGGAAAAAAGCGGAAACUCUCGGAAUCGACGAGGUUCUCAAGUUGGCAAAUGAAACGAAAAUUUCGAAA